AUGAUGAAAACCUGGAGACGCAACCCUACGGCUGUGUGGCGACCUAGGGUAAGACCAACUUUCCAGUAUGUUGGCAGGAUUCGUGAAGAUGUGCAGCCAUUCAAAUGUCCGUACCACUUUAUUGCCGAUAAAGCCAAUGACUGGCGAUUGCACAGCGGCUCUGGUGUUCCGUUCAUCUUCGUUCACAUUCCGUUCUACGUUUGCAUUCUCGCUCCUCUGAUGAACAUCACUGUUGGUCUUUUUAACACUUAUCUGCCAUAUCUGUUUGCUUUGUAUCCAGUCCUAAAUCCACUCAUCGUUUUUUAUUUUGUUGCAGACAUUCGUAACUAUGUUGUACAAAAAUUGAAAAUAAUAAGUUGCUUGAACAGAUCGCAAGUUCAUGCACUAAAACUAACCGCCAGUAGCCGAAAAUGA